CCUGUACAUACUUUCUGCUUAUUUUGUUAUUAAGUGCGCAUUAGAAUGGCACAACCAAACGAAAUUCCAAUCGACCGCAAAUUAUCCGAUAUUUUCGAAGAAGCUUACAAUUUGAUGAACACAUUCGAUACGUGCUAUGAUCCAACAAACAGUCCAGAAUUCCAGGCAAACAUCAAGAAAUGCAUCGGAUUAUUUGAGGAUUCAACUCGGCUCGUUAGCCUGUGUGGUCUGUUCAGCACAAACGAGACGCCGGACGAAGUACCGACGGAACACUUGAGCUACUUUUUGCUUCCGUUUUUCCUCGGACAGCUAACUUUGAAGCUUUGCAGUGCUGAACGGAAAGAAAUUGUUGAAGUUGCUGAAGUGUACUACAGUGAUUUUCUACGCCGGUGUGCAAAUUACCAACUUUGCGAUGACCCGGAAGCAGUUGCCGUCAUGGAUAAUCCACACUCGACAGAUAAAAUGCAGGAUUUACUCAGAAUGGGCCAAGAAAGAAACGCAAAAUUGCGAAAAUAUCAGGAAAAGAAAGAGCUAGACGACCAGAUUAAAAUGUUGAAAAUAGCUAUGGAAAAGGAACAAGUGGAUGACGAGGUGAAACGAGAUUUCUAUCUUAAAUUAUUACAGUCGUGCAUAAUAGAAGCACGCGAGGAGUUGAUAAGUAUUAGCCAAGAAAAGCAAGUCCUCGAGCACAUAGCAAUUAUGAGAAGAAGCGGAGAGGGAGUUGAACAUCACAAGCACCCCCCAAAAGGCCCAGCGCCGAAACCCUUGAAGCCGAUUAUCAUCACGAAGGAUGCCUUUCAGAAGGCAGUUUACGGGAUAGGAUAUCCUAGUCUACCGACCAUGACAGUUGCCGAGUUCUACGAGCAGCGUGUUGCCGACGGGAUCUUCCCGGAUGCGGAGCGCAUGAAGGAGAUCAACAAGAACUCACUGAUGAACCGUGUUUAUCAGGACAAUACUGAGGAACAAGACAAGGAGGAUGAGAAAACGGAAAACAUGAUUGAACAGGAUGAUGAGGAGUAUUUGGCCCGCCAACGUGCCAAGGAUGAAUUUAAGGAUGACCAUCGACGUGGUUAUGGAAAUCGUUAUAAUCGCAGCUAAAUGGAGAUAGUAUCAUUUUCGAUUGCAAAAUUAUUGUGUAUUAAAGGUACUGAGGAGAAUCAAUAAAAACUGUCCUACCCGAACAAUCAAAUUUA